GUGAGCGAUGGCCUUCCUGCACCCAAUGAGCAGUCCAAUGAAGCGUUGAUCACGUGUCAGGUUCUGUUUAGAUCCAGCUUUAUUUUCUCACGAAAUAUACCGCAUACAUGCACUGAAGAUGUGGCUCAUACGGCUACGAUACUCGAUAGCCAUCUAUCGAGAGUGACGAGCACCGCUCCAUCGAAGCGUUCUGAAAUAAUUUCCACAACGGUGACUUGACUUUCAGCAUUAAACGAUGCUGCGAAACGUAAAGUGAAUCGGGUGAAAUGUGAACCGUGUAACGAGCAAUAGCCUGGCGAACAGUGUACAGAUGAAAAUCGUGAAACGGCGUACAAAGUCUCGCGAGUGUAUGCGUCAACGCUAGAUUCAUAUCGACGAGUGCGGAACGGAGAAUGUUGUAGAGGGACUGUAGCGAGUUGAACUUAUAAUCGUGGGGUCGGUGGUUUGCAUUUGACAGAUUGUUGCAGCGCGGUUAUUUGGCGGUUCUGGACGGGGGUGACGGUUGGUAUCAGUCUGGAGGGAGCGAAAGACCGAGCGGGGGACUGUAGUCUGCAGGCUACGGGCUGCGGGCUGCGGGCACAAACACGAACCAUCUAGUUCACCAAGCAAAACAUGGAGUCCGAUUCCCCGCAAAACGUGGAGGACGGAAUCGUGGCGACGGUGGAGAUAUGCCGCGUCUGCCUCCUCGGAAAUUUGGUCAUGCGAGACUUGUUCCUAGAGAGCGAGGUCGCCUCUCUUUCGGCGAAAGCGAUGAGCUUCGCCAAUGUUAAGAUGGUACCAGGGGAUGGUCUGCCGACACGUGUGUGCUGCAUAUGCGCGGAUAAACUAGAAUCCGCGUAUGAGUUUAAAUUGCAGGUGGAACAAGCGGAUACGGUCCUCAGAGAAAGAUUCGUCGCCAUGAACAUGAAGGAAGAGUUGUUCUUCAAUGAGGUCGAGGUACAUCUCGAACCAGGGGACCAAGGCGGAGGUAUAGGAGAAAUGCACAUGGAACACGAUUAUCAGUCUACCGUUGAAAGCCUUGGAUCGAUGUCGCGGGAAGAGAAAUCCCUUCUGAAGGAUCAGUUGUCUCUACUGGAAGUAGGAAAGUUAGACGAACGAGAAUCGAUCACGAGAGAGCAGGAGAAUGGUCCGGUGAUGGAAGAAGCGAUCGAUCGAGUGAUUGCUUCGAAACAGGGAUCGGAUGAUUGUCCGAGCCGAGAAGGAGAGAACAAAUCUAUCGACGAUACACCUCGGGACGAAGCAACGUCGAAAUAUACGAGCAACACCCGAAAUUGCAUCGAGAAUAUCCCUACGAUAGAACACGAUUACAUACUGCAUCACGAAUAUAUAUUAGGGGACGAGACCCACCAAGAUGAUAGAGAAGAACGGGAAGUACAACAACAAGAACAGAUUAUUUCGGAGGAAUCGUUUCCUCGGGAAGAGUGCGCGGAAUACGUAAAUUUAUUGGUGAAAGCUGCUGACGCGACAAAUCAGGAAGAAGAAAAGCAAGCAACCGAAGACGAAGUCAAGGUAGAACAGGAUUCUGAAAGUCAGAACGAAACGAGAAGAAGCAAGCGUAAAUUGGUUCGACGAAACGUUGAAUCGCCGCGAGAUUCCGACGAAGAGAAUUAUUUCGAGAAUUUGAAUCUGAGUUCGCGGUUGAAGAAGGUUCAAGCUCCCGAUAAAUCGGACAGAGUCUUCUUCAUGUGUUACCUUUGUGAUAAGGAAUUUUUAUCGAAGAACGUCUUGAGGGAGCACAUGCACUCACACGAGGAGGUCAGGAGGGCGUUGUCGUUACAAGAAACGCCUGUAAAGCCACAGAAGACCAUCAGCAGUUCUCCUAAAUCGCCUCCGUCCGGGAAACGAUUGAACAAAUGCCCUCAUUGUGGCAAGCAAUACAUAUACAUAAUCUCGUACACUAAGCACCUAAAGAAACACGAGAGGGAAAAAGAUUCGAAGGAUGAGUCGAUGCCGUUGGAGAUUUCGUUUCACGAAGACGAGCACAGUUUGGAUUUCGAUGAUUAUCCGGAUAAGCAUCACUUGGAAUCCGAAUGUCGAAAGAGAGCUAGAAAAAGCGAUGGUGUCAACGGAGCAAAAUCGGAGCAGGAGAACGACGAGGAUGUAGAAGGGCUGUUAGAGGAGGACGAUAACGAGAACGAAGAGGAUGCGAAAGAAACCGAUGGUGGACGAGAGAAACGCGGCGCUCGCACGGAAACCUUCUCGUGCGACAAGUGUUUGGAAAAAUUCUUUACCAGGCGCGGUUUACGGAAGCACGCGAUUUUACACGCCACUCUUAAAUGCAGCGUGUGCGAUGAAGAAUUCGAUUCGCUGGAGAAACUGAGGAAUCAUCGAGCGAAGCACGUACUCGAGGGUGUAUUAACCGAACAAGAUCUGGAAGCAGACGCAGAGGGGACGGAAAACAAAGAAGCAGAUGACUUCGAAGGCGAGGAUAAGAAGAAGGAAGAUGGAAGCCAAACGGAACAGGAGAACGAUGAAGUAAAGUCGUUGGGAGCGGAGAGUCCGUCGAAGAAGAAUGCCAGAAACACGGAGACCAGUUCGGGCGACUAUCGUUGCAAGGUGUGUUAUCAACGAUUCACCAAGAAGGAUCUGCUGCAGAGGCACGUGGAACAGCACGUUAAAUCCUACAAAUGCACGCAAUGUAACAAAAUUUUCAACAACGAGCUCACGUUGCGAAAUCAUCUCAUAGCUAGCGACCAUAAAACUAUCAUUCAAGGACAAGAGUACGAUCCUAACAAACGUAUCAAGCGAGUCGCCGCAAAGGCGGCGCAAAAGAUUAUCGAUCAAAUAAAAACGGAAGACGGUUUGGAGGAUUACGACGAAAAGGAGACUAAAGCGAUCAACCGUUCGGUCAACCGUGCCCCUGCCCACGCAGAUGGGAAUUAUGGUCGAGGUAAACGGGAGAGUAUUCCUACCGCGAAGAAACUCGUUUACAAGAAAGAUCUGGAGUGCGUGAGCUGCAAUAAAAAGUGUACUUCGAAGCAGUCGUUGGCGAAACAUAUGGAACAACACGUGAAGGAUGAAAAAACGGCCAAGUCGGAAAAACAAAAACAACCCGCGAUGAAGAAGGAACGACAAAGAAACUGUGUCAACGAAACCACUGACGGGAACGAUGUCAAGGACGACGAUUACGAUUCCGACUUCGAGAGUGGCUUGGAUUGGCCGAUGGAUAAUCACGAGUGCUCCAAGUGCAAGAAACGCUACAGCACGAAAAAAUCAUUGCUGCGGCAUCAGUUAUUGCACGAGGAGCCGAACUUCGAGUGCGACAUUUGCAGCGUUAAAUUCUACCGCAAGGACAAGCUGAAGGCCCACUACGACAAGUGCUCGGAGAAGAACCCCGAUCAGGUGAGAAAAUGCAACAUCUGCGGGGACAGUUUCGAGAAUAACGAGAUCCUGCGUGAGCAUAGAGCGAAGCACGUUACUGAAGGCAUCCUCACCGAGGAGGAUCUGAGAGACAUCGAGCCACGACCCGAAGAGAAGAAACCAGGCGAGAAAAUCGGUAGAAAGAGAAGAACCGAUAUCGUCGGUCUCGAAUGCACGGAGUGCAAUAAACAAUACACAUCGAGGAAGGGGCUCCUGCGUCAUAUUCAGGUGCACGAAGGGAAAAAGUACCUCUGCGACAUAUGCCCGAAGAAAUUCUACCGGAGGGAACACUUGAAGAUACACGUGGCCAAGCAUAACAUGAUCAAACCAUACAAGUGUGGACGCUGCUCGAAACGUUUCAUUAAAGAGGAACAACUGACCAAUCACUUGUCGAAGCAUGACCGUACCUUCAAGAAGAGCAAAGAAACAGAUAGCUCCAAGAGAUUCCUUUGCGAGAUUUGCUCGAAGAGCUUCACACAAUCGACGACGUUGAUAGCCCACCUCAGGGCUCACAAUGGUAUCAAACCGUACGUCUGCGAAGUCUGUUCGCGGCCGUUCACAACGAACGCGUACCUAAAGAUGCACAUGAGGACGCAUACGCAGGAGCGACCGUACAUUUGUCAGUACUGUUCGCGUGCGUUCGCCAGAGCCGACACGCUGGCCAAUCACCUGACAAGUCACACCGGUGAAGCCAAGUACCACUGCAAGUACUGUCCCAAAAACUUCCGUCGCCUCAAAUCCCUCAAAGAGCACGUCUUCAUUCACACGGGUCAGAGGCCCUACGCUUGCCCAACCUGCGACCGACGGUUCAACAAUAACGGAAGUCGCUAUGCUCACAGCAAGAGGUGCAAGCAGAACUUCGUUCAGAAUCAGAAUCGUGGCCAACCGUUGACGCAAGUGCAGCCAAGUCAGAAUCAACAGAGGGUGUUGCAGCAGGCUGCUCUCGGGCAAGGGCAACUGGUCAAAACCCAAAACAUUAAAACAAUUACGAUCACCAGACAACCAGAGGCCGUUUCCAGUCAACAGGUCUCGCAACAUCAGGAAAUAAUAAUGCCCCUGAUCUUCCCACUCACAGUCACUGUUGCUGAUAUCAGCGAGGAGGUCAUCUUGCCCGAGGGAGCUAAAUUGUACACGACGACUUAACUUCGUCCUCCUUAAUCGGUAAUCCUUCCCUGCCUGCUAAUUGUGCUCGAUUCCUCUUGCGGAACCCAGUGUUUCUCUCGAUGAACAAAAACGAGGGGGAAAGACAAAUGGCGAACUUGAAAAACAAUCCGAGAUAACGUUUUUAAUGUUGUAUUAUACGUUGUAUAUCUCUGUUUAUAUUUAAAUACGAGAGAACCCGGUUAAAUAUAUGGGGAUGGGGUAAAGUAGCCGCAAAACGGUAAAAAUUAUGGAGAAUGGAAACGGUGUUUUUUCUUCUUUUUCUUUUUUAUUUCGCGCGUUCAAAUAGUGUUUCUCAAACUGCGGUCUGCGGACUCUGGAAAGUCCCCAAACACGUCUGGCAAUUUUAUUCGUAUCUACUUUUGCGCAUUGUUUUAGUAAACAACGUAAGAAGAGUUUUAACGAAAACCACUUCGAAUAUAAUUUUUUUUUAAAUAAAUACAGUUUACUUAAGAGCAGAUUUUAAAUGUAUUUAAAAAAAAAAAAAAAUACUUUACUUGUACUAUGUGUGGUUAAUCGUACGUUUUUCUUUACCAAGAAGAUUCGCGUAAGAUUGGAAUUUGAGAAACACUGGAAUAGGGUAUAGCAAGAAUAAGGUUUAUCGCUCGAAUCAUACAUUACGUCUUCGGACCGCUAUUCUUUUUAAUCGUUCGAAAAAUAUCAGCGAGUUCCAUCGGUCGCUGAAUUGAUUUCUCUCGGUUCAUCGUGAAUUUUCUCACCUCGACCGAUGAUCUCGCUGAAGAACGUAUCGACACGUACAUUUGAACAAAGGAUAGUACUGGAUUUUCAUAGGAACUUUCUUUCCAUUUCUCUUCCGUGUUCGCUAUUUUUCCUCGGGAACGUUAAAGAUUUGUAAAAUCUUGCGGCGCGAUUCUACGAUAUCCAAACGUGGCGCGUUCGAUAGCAGUAAUCUCUAUUCCGAACUCGUUUCGAAGGCAUCGAUUCAGUAACAUCACAAAUCGAUAUCAUUUCUCGAACUAGUAUUUAACAAAUGGUAUAGUUAAUUCUUCAAAUCGUGAUUUGUUUCGGAUCCAAAAUAUAUAAAAAAGAAAUUAGUAAAAAAAAAAAGAAAACAGGACGAAAAUUCGUACACGAACGAAUUUUCCGAUUUUUAAUUAUAUACGUUGGAUAGACCAUUAUAAUUAUAUCGCGACGUAUGAAUUUGGUGUACAUACAGAUUGAUUUUUAAGCACGCGAGAAUCGUUAUCCAAAGAUUGUAUUAUAAAUUGCACGGAAAGUGUAAAAUAAUUUUCUACGAGACAUGUCUUUCGGUCGUUAGACUACAAUAAAAGAAAAAGAAAAAAAACGAAAUAUAAAGUUGUAAAAAGCAUACUGCAUCGAUAAUGACGCUAGAAACAAAUGCAUUCCCUAUGCGGUACGAUACAAGUGCAAUGAAUAGGAAUGCAGAUAUUUUUGCGAUCCGUUACAUCUACGCAUUUAUUCGAUCGACUUGUUCCGUUUUUAAGAAUCCUCGAAGCAUUCUGCGAGUCCUGUUAAUUGUUUGUGCGCGUCGUAUAUGCGAUAAGUACACUUAAUCAUUUGCAAAAUGCAAGGAACGAUACGAAGAAGCCAGAGGUCUGCCAAAUAGCAGCCCAUUUGUUAUAAUGCGGCGUAUCAAAUAAGUGAGAAUUUACUUUCAUUAGAAAAUGCGGAACGUGUUUUAUGAUUUCUUUGUACAUAGACAUAAGUAUUGUGAAUAAAGCAUUCGUAGUAUUGA